AUGAAAGGGAUUGCGUUUAAUGAUGCGACCUUGUGGGUGGACAGCCCAGCGAUCACUCAAGAGAAACAGGGAUAUGCCGUGCACUUUGGGGCCAUUCAAGCAGGAGCGGCGUUCUCAAUCGAGGGAUUCUAUGGACACAGAGCCUUCCUUGGAACCGGAGGAGUUGGAGAGGCAGUCGAAUUGAGGGUAUCGAGGGCGGAACGAGAUCCUGCAAAUGACCGGUUGCUAGAUCUCGUAUUGACAUCUGCGGUAGUCUAUGUAAAACAACUCGAGAAACAACAACAGCAACUGGUCGAUGCCAACUCCCGCCCCAGUAAGCUCGUCACGGUCGAGUCAAGGACUGCGACCUUCGGCACAGGACCAGCCGGGCUUUUCCAUGUCUUCCCCUGCGAUGCCAGGGCCAACGUCUCGGUCACCACAUAUACCCCAGGCGUCACAGCAACAGCCAUCAGGGUCAUCCUCCACAGGACGCCGACUGGUGGGACGACCACCAUCUUCAGGACAAUACGCACGACCAUCCAUUCAGCCUCAAGGAUCGUCAUCCACGCGGUGAUGGCCAGAAAUCCCCCCGCCUCCAUUUGGAACUGCAACUGUAUUUGA